GUGAGCAUGCGGACUUUCAGCGAUGGCGAAGUGCAGGAGCUGUCCAGUCCAAAGGAGCGAGCACUGUCACCCAUCGUGGAUGGCUGUGCCGGUACGGAAGAGGGCGAUCUGUCGGGCGAGGUCACCGCCAACGUGGAGAGCCUGUCCCGACUGGUACUCGAGGAUGAGCUCGAUGACGCAAGGAACACGCACGCUGAUGCGGAGAUGAAGCCGCCACUCGAAAGCCUUCCCGAGCAACCGGUAUUGAAGGUGGGACAGGACACGCCAGUGCGGACGCCAACCACCGAGCAGGAGACUUCGCCACUUCCUGAGAGCUGGGACCUCUACAAGCAGUUCAAGGGCAGCCAGGCUGCGUUGAACAGCCAGGGUAUGACGGCGAGUCAGGGUCUGGCGAACAGUGCGCCUGGAGCUACGCCGAGUGUGCCGAGCGUGGCAGCUGCACCUGUUCCGAGAAUGAGUCCCGAAGUGAAAUCGACCGCUCCGAUCUCCACGCGGAAGUUCAGCCCAGAGCAGCUGCUGCAGAAGGGCGGCCGGGGAGCCGCGGCAGCAGCUUCCCUCCGCGCGACGACAGCAGCACCGGCACCUCCCUUGCCAUCUUUCUCCAGCAAGGUCUCCAUCAACUCUUCUCCGAACAAUGCCUUCAACAGGGGCCGGUCUCCAGACACGGUGGACAUGAGCGGCGUUGUGAAGUCGAUCCAGAUGGGCCCCAUCAGCCGUGGUCCUGAUGAACAGGAAUCCGAGGUGCCAGAAGGCCGCAAGUCCUUCGCCACAUUUCAGAGCACCGAGCCUUGCCCAGAGCUCUUUGCCCUCAAGCAGGCCUCGCGUCGGUUGCAGGAGCCGAAGAACCUCAACUGGGCCAUGCGCCGGCACCAGCAUCACAGGAGUGACCUGAACAGCUCAGCCGAGCGAUUCCGUGAGAUGCGAGACCAGGUGAUGAAAGCCACGGAAGAUGAUCAGCAGAUGAUGGCACAGAAGGCCGAAGAAGCAAGCCGAGAUUUGCAGAUGGAAGAUGCGGCUUUGCAGGAGCUGGAGAAGAAGGUGGAAGCCGCGCGCCAGUCCGUGGAAGGAAGUCGCAGCGCGCUAAAAGAGGCGAAGCACCGUCUGCUGCAGACGAAGGCUAGGCGCGUCGCUCUCCAGCAGGCCCACUAUGCACGCACCUGCCUGGUGACACGAGCUACAGAGGCUCAAAUUGACAUUCGGUUGCGCGGCGGCGCCACCGCGACGAUCUCUAUGGCUUCCGAGCGCCAUCAAGCACACCUAUCCCUGCGUCUGGGAGGAGCCAUGGCCGAGGCCUUGGAGGGAGCUUGGCAGGACGCUUGCGCCUCGAUGCCCAAGGAGCUCGAUAAGGUGGACGACUGCGGCACCUGCAAGGAUGUUGUCUUGUCCACCUCGCAGCUGCCAACACUGCUCCGGCACCUGGAUGUCGCAGCCUUGAAGGCACAAGUCGAAGCCAGGUCGGAGUGA